UGAAGACGUUACAUUUUGAAACUAGAAAGGCGCUACAGCUGCUGUCCGUUUUGUAGUCUUGAAGGGUUCGGAAAUCUUGACGUUCUUACAAGAGUACUGUAACUAGCUAGUACCUGCCUAGCUGUCACGAUGUCGGGGUCAAAUGAGUUCAAGCUGAACCAGGGCCCGGAGGACAGCAUCUCUGCGGUGAAGUUCAGCCCCAGCACUGCCCAGUACUUACUCGUAUCCUCGUGGGACUGUACCGUGCGCCUUUUUGAUGUUGGUGCCAACGCUAUGAGAAUGAAGUACCAGCACUUGGCCCCUGUGCUUGAUUGUGCAUUUUAUGACCCCACUCAUGCCUGGAGUGGCGGAUUGGACAUGCAGCUGAAAGCGCAUGAUUUAAAUACGGACCACGAGAUGGUAGUGGGGACUCACGAUGCCCCCAUUCGUUGUGUGGAGUACUGCCCGGAAGUGAACGUCAUGGUAACGGGGAGCUGGGACCGGUCUGUUCGGCUUUGGGACCCGCGGACCCCUUGCAAUGCUGGGACCUUCACCCAGCCCGAAAAGGUGUACACACUUUCUGUGGCGGGGGACAGGCUGAUCGUGGGAACAGCGGGCAGGAGGGUCCUGGUCUGGGACCUGAGGAACAUGGGAUACGUGCAGCAGAGGAGGGAGUCCAGCCUCAAGUACCAGACCCGCUGUAUCCGAGCCUUCCCUAACAAGCAGGGCUAUGUCCUGAGCGCCAUCGAAGGUCGUGUUGCAGUGGAGUACCUGGACCCCAGCCUGGAGGUUCAGAAGAAGAAAUACGCCUUCAAGUGUCACCGGCUGAAGGAGAACGGCAUCGAGCAGGUCUACCCCGUCAACGCCAUCUCCUUCCACAGUGUGCACAACACCUUCGCCACAGGGGGCUCCGACGGGUUCGUCAACAUCUGGGACCCCUUCAACAAGAAGCGGCUGUGCCAGUUCCGCCGCUACCCCACCAGCAUCGCCUCGCUGGCGUUCAGCAGCGACGGGUCGGCGCUGGCCAUCGCCUCGUCCUACAUGCAGGAGCAGGGCGACAUCAGCCACCCCGAGGACGCCAUCUUCAUCCGCCAGGUCACCGACGCCGAGACCAAGCCCAAGUGACCGGGCCCUGCGUAGACCCCCCCCCUCCCCCCCGCUCUGACACCCGCCCGGUUUUGCUCCGUCUUUACGAAGGCCGCUCGUGGCCCGGUGUGCACGCUAUCACCACUGCAGGCUUCGCUGAUGACCGUGUCGCCGCGGAGACGUGUCUCACCUACCGCUCAGGGCUCAACGAUAAGGACUUGCCCGAUCGCCCGGGGAAAGUAAAAACAUAAAAACAAGUCAUUAUGGCCGAUUUGGCGUUUCAUGGAAGUGUUUCUUUAUCCUUUGGACGAGUCAAAGCAAUAUAUUUUGUGUCACUCCUAAACACACCCUAAUUGUGACAAAUCAAGACAUAAUGGGUCUUUGUACCAAACAUGAUGAAGGGGGCACAGUACUGGUAUAGAUUAUGGAAACACUGUUUGAAGGAAUGUAGUACUCUACAACAGUUUUUUCUCUGCACCAUUUUCCUCUAUAAAAAUAUAUUUUAAACUGUUGACCACGACUGAUAAUGACAUUGUGGCAAUGACUAUUUUGAAAUUAAAUCUACAAGCCAAUAAAAUGUACAGUGGCUUCAGAAAGUAUUUAGACCCCUUCACGUUUUGCACACUAUUGUGUUGUUGAUUGAAGUGUUUUUUUAUUUUUUAUAUCAAAACCCAAAAUCUCAUUUAUACAAGUGUUCAAACCCUUAAUUUAGUACUUUGUACAAACCCCUUUGGCAGCAAUUACAACUUCUUUAGUAAGUCUCUACAAGCUUUGCACACCUGGAUUUGGGCAGUUUAUCCCAUUCUUCCUGGCAGAUCCUCUCAAGCUCGGUCAGAUUGUUCGGGAAGCAUCUGUGAACUGCCAUCUUCAGGUCUCCACCGAUCUUCUGUGCGGUUUAAAUCGGGGUUUUGGCUGGGCCACUCAAGGACCGUCAGGGACUUGUCCCAAAGCUACUCCAGCGUUGUCUUUGCUGUGUGCUUCGGGUCAUUGUCAUGCUGAAAGGUGAACUGUCACCUCAGUCUGAGGUUGCAUGCACACUGGAGCAGAUUUUCUUCUUUCUUCUAUCUGAAUUGUGGGACCUUAUAUAAUCAGGUGUGUGCCUUUUCUAAACCCUGUCCAAUCAAUUAAAUUUGCCACAGAUGGACCCCAAAUUCUAGACUCAUCUCAAGGAUGAUUACAGCUAACGGAAUGCACCUGACCAUAAUGGAGUGCCACAGCAAAGGGUCUGAAUAAUUAUGUAAAUGAAAGAUUUCAGUUUUUGAUUUUUCAUAAAUUUGCAAAAAGUUCUGAACACUUUGUCCUCAUGGGUUAUUGAGUGUUGAUUGAUGGGCAAAAAUGGCAACUUCAUCUAUUUAAAACCUACGACCCAGUGUGCAAAAAGUGAAGGGGUCUGAAUACUUUCUGAAGCCACUGUAGAAAAAAAAAAAAAAGAAAAAAUCUUAUGUUGAUUAUAAAGUUUGCAAUAAGUUUUUAUUUUAUUUUAUUGUUUACAAUUGCAGUGUUCCAUAAUGUGUGUCUAUUGUAUCAGAGCUGCAUCAAAAAAUGUAACUGACCUACUGACAAGUGAUGAAGCAGUAUUAUCUAUAAUGCAUUUCUGAUAACCUUACAUUGGAAUAAACCACCUGUGUGUUUUGCUGCAGGAUAUUACAUUUAUUUUAUUUAAAUUUUGUUUUUAUUUGUAUAAUAAAACACUUAUUCGGGUUUUAAGUUGUUUUCAUAAGUCGUCUGCAGGUCUUGAGGAAGAGGAGUCGUUUAUAUUUGCUUGAGGUCCGUAGAUGCGUAGCUCCCCGGACGACCUCCCUGCCCAGCGCUUCUCCGACACUGGUCCUCAUGUGGAGAAAACGCCGUCCGUAGCGGGCGACGGCACGGUUUCUGUGACGGAUCGCCCGUUGGCGGGGGGCCGAUCCUCAGUCAGGUGUUGGGGAGGGUGGCAGCCGGAGAGGAGACGCAGAACAGCCGCCCCGCUCCUGACCUCACGUUUACAGGCCGCCCGCUCGCUCCUCGCUCCCCGCUCCCCGCUCCCCGCUCCGGUCUGUGAGUGAAGCUGAGAGGCCCGUAACGAGGUUGCCAUGCCGCCUUUGUCAUUUACAGCCCUCGCGCCGCCUCCUUUUAUUGGCUAAUGGUUAAAGAGCCGCUCCGAGCCCGGAGGAGGAUUCUGUUUGAUACGGGACGUUAAUGGAGAAGUGCUGCGGAUAAUGCGUCCUGUCUUUAGCAGUCUGAGGACUCUUCGCUCCCUGAGCUGGGCUCGCCGCGGUGUUCAGCCCAACGCUGAACAGGUAGACGUGUUUGACGAGUACACUGGAGCUUUCACUGCAAAGGUCUUUCUCAGUGGCAGUUAUAUACGUGAGAUAAUCAUUCAUAACUCUCCCAUUGGCUCUCUUCUGGGUCUGAUUACUCCGCUAAAUAUUUCAGACUUAAUUGGGGACCGACAUUUGAAAGACAGGGUCACGUUCUGUAUAUUAUGAACUUUUCACCUAUAAUGUUUUGUUUCCUGCUUUCUUUUUGCAAUAUUUCACUAUUGUAAAACAGCGACUGCAGUGCAUUGAGUUUAUAUAAGUGUAAACUGAUUCUGGGCCUUGUUAGGGUAUUAAAGGAGCUUGUGCAGAGA